AUGGCAACAAUACCCCCACCUUCGAAAAACCUCGGGGACAAUCGUGGCCCUGAAAUAACCCAAUCUAUCACUGUCGUUGUUGUCCUGACAGCCCUUUCUUUGAUUGGCCGUCUGUUCUCUAGAAGAUUGCAGAAAGUGCCAUUGGCAGCUUCCGAUUACACAAUCAUUCUGGGAUGGCUCACGGCGUGCGGCAUGACCAUCAUUAUAUAUAUAGGGGUCACUCUAGGACUAGGCAAACAUAUAGAGGUGGUACCCUUGGAGGACAUGACGAAGAUACUAAAGAGUACAAUGGCCUCCGAGAUACUGUACAGCAUCACAAUCUCUGCUACCAAGAUCUCGAUUCUUCUUUUCUAUCGCGAAAUCUUCCCAGGACCCAGAUUUGCAAUCGCAACCAACAUCGUUGCCGCAUUUGUGAUUGCUUGGGGGGUUGCCUGUAUUCUAGUUGCCAUCUUCUCAUGUAAUCCGGUCAAUGGAUUCUGGGAUCUCACCAUUCCUUCCAAAUGCAUCGAGACACGCAUGUUCUUCAUUGGCAAUUCCGUGCCCAACAUCAUUAUGGAUGUGGUUAUUCUUACGCUUCCCAUGAACAAGAUCUGGCAUUUGCAAAUGCAGUUCAAGCAGAAGUUGAUUGUUUCAGGUCUAUUUCUGCUCGGCGGCUUCGUAUGCAUCUCGAGCGGCAUUCGUCUUCUCUUUUUGCAGGACAUGGACGUGCGAAACCUAACUUGGAGCUACGUUGGAACGGCUUUUUGGAGUGUCGUUGAGGUCAAUGUAGCUGUCAUGAGUGCAUGCUUUCCCACGAUGCGCCCGUUGCUGCAGCGGACCAUCCCUAAGCUACUGUCCAUCGGAUCUUUCAGCUUUGGGUCUCAGAAAAAGGGCGGUGGUCUUGUUCCUUGCGAGAAUACGCAUGCAUUCAGGUCAAAGGACAUUACAGUUCCCCAGCGUGUACCUGGCCCUUCCCAAGGUCAUGUAACAAUACCGAAGCCAGCAGAGGUACAGUAUGUCAAUAUAAUUCAAAGGGAGACUGCUUGA